CCCCCCACGUGCACCAUCACAACAAUAAUUAAUUUUCCUUCGCCACCGCUGCCACCAGUUGCGAAAGAACUACAAGAGGCAGAGGAGUAGUCGAUCGUUCAAACGCGCGCAAACCACGUGAAGUGUAGUGUCAUGGAUCUCGCUUGUACGGAAAAAAUCACCGCUCCGACCUACGCCCCCAAAGACCCCAACAUCUUCAACGACUUUCGCGUCAUGAAACACCUACUGAGCGACGAAGUGUUGUACACACCCCACACUAACUAUUUUCAAAACGUUCAAACCGACAUCGAACCCUUUAUGCGAAAAGUUGUAGCGACUUGGAUGCUGGAGGUCUGUGAAGAACAAAUGUGUGAAGACCAGAUUCUUCCAUUGGCGGUUAAUCUAAUGGAUCGGUUUCUCUGUGUGUGCCCUAUCAGAAGGCAGCAGUUACAACUCCUGGGGGCCACUUGCCUCCUCAUCGCCUCCAAAGUCAGGAGUACGAAUAUUUUGCCCAUUGACCUGCUCUGUGCCUACACCGACUACAGUGUCACUAGCGAAAUGUUGGUGAGUUGGGAACUCCUGGUGUUGUCCAAACUCAAAUGGAAUAUCGCCGCGAUUACUGGCUUCGAUUUCAUCGAUCAAAUCAUCGAGAGGUGUUCGUGGGGCGGCGAAAGCAGUUUGUUGAGGAGGCACGCGCACACCCUCGUCUCCAUCUGUUACACAGAGCCCUCGCUGGUGCAGACCCCUCCCUCUGCCAUCGCAGCGGCGUGCAUUUGCUCGGCCGUGCGAGGCCUCAAACUGUCUUCGUCAACGGCUGCCACAAGUGACGUUUGUUCAAUGGUGAGCAUCGAGAGCGAAACUUUGGAAGUCUUGGUCGCAAUCGUUGACAACGCUGUUGAUAAAGUCGUCCCGAAAACCCCCGAAAAGCCCUCCAAGACUGUGGAAGGUUUCGAAAGCCCGCAGUAUCCGCAACCGGAAACUCCGACUGAAGUUGAAAACAUCUAUUUCUAAACAAUUGUUGGCCAUUUUGUUUGUGUUAUUUAGAUUUAAUUUUAUUGAUGAAUUCUAGACACGUUUGAAGUAAUGUUACGUUGAAUAGCCAAAAAGACGCAAAAUGAUCUCUUGUUUACCAGUAGUAUUGACAAUGUGUUAUGUAACCUAGAUUCCUGCUAUUGUAUUUGAUCUCAAAUUCAUAGUUUAAAUAGUUUAUGUGCACCGUUAGUGCUAGUUGUGUUAAGGGCACACCUACUUUUAAGAACUCUUCUGUGAUUACAUCAAACCACUUAAAUUGAUUGGCACAAAAGUACUGGUAUUUGGACGCAUGUUUUAAAAAUUGUUUUUUGACACUCUUUUGGUUAUUGGUUUGUUAUCUAGUCUUUAGUUUUGUAUUGCUUUAGUUAAUUUUUCGUAUUUAUAGUAGCAUAAUAUACUCAGAUAGCAUCUAUACUUGUGUACUUGUAUUUUUCCACAUGUACUAUGUAUUUAUUAAUCAUAACUUAUUGUAACACCAAAGUUUUUAAGUUGAGUACUUAAAGUGUUCAAUAUUAUUUUAUAUUAUUUUUCAUAAAAUGUACUACUUUCAGAUUAGUUUUAUAUUAAAACAAUGUUUAAAGCGAGAA